CAUGCCUGUUUCCCCUUUGCUUUCUGCCAUGAUUAUAAGUUUCCUGAGGCCUUCCCAGCCAUGCUUCCCGUACAGCCUUCGGAACUGUUUGACCACAUGAUUUGCUUUGGCAGAUGGAACGUUAGCAGCUGGGGACCUUUCUGCCACCACAAAAGCCUAGAUUAUCCUGAUGGACGAUGGAAGACACAUGGCUGUUGUUCCAGCUGACAUCAAGCCAACCACUGGACAAGAUAGGAAAGCUCUCCUAGAACACGAAGGCCCGAAUGAACUGGCCCAGAGCAGAGAAACUGCUCAGCCAAACUGCCAAGCUGUGAUUAACAAAGGCUUCAUCUUAAUCCACCAGAUUUUGGGGUGGUUUGUUACACAGUGAACGCUAACUGAUACAGUCAUUAUCAUUAGGUCUUUCUUGAGCUGAUCAUACUUCCCAGCGUAGAAUACGCCAAUGUCCUGCUCCUUAUUCCUGGCUGCCAGCAUUGUAAGAGCUGAGUGGAAGGCUGGGGUUUUCAGCACUCAAUAUUUUUGGGAGGUCAUCAGCGAUGAGCAUGGGAUCGACCCCACAGGCAGUUACCAUGGAGACAGUGACUUGCAGCUGGAGAGAAUCAACGUGUACUACAAUGAGGCUGCUGGUAACAAAUAUGUACCUCGGGCCAUCCUGGUGGAUCUGGAGCCUGGCACCAUGGACUCCGUCAGGUCUGGACCCUUCGGCCAGAUCUACAGGCCAGACAACUUCGUGUUCGGCCAGAGCGGAGCCGGGAAUAACUGGGCCAAGGGCCACUACACAGAGGGAGCCGAGCUGGUCGACUUGGUCCUGGAUGUGGUGAGGAAGGAGUCAGAGAGCUGUGACUGUCUCCAGGGCUUCCAGCUGACCCACUCUCUGGGGGGCGGCACGGGGUCCGGGAUGGGCACCCUGCUCAUCAGCAAGAUCCGGGAAGAGUACCCAGACCGCACCAUGAACACCUUCAUGCCCUCACCCAAGGUGUCAGACACGGUGGUGGAGCCCUACAACGCCACCCUCUCUGUCCACCAGCUGGUGGAAAACACAGAUGAAACCUACUCCAUUGACAACGAGGCCCUGUAUGACAUCUGCUUCCGCACCCUGAAGCUGACCACCCCCACCUACGGGGACCUCAACCACCUGGUGUCGGCCACCAUGAGCGGGGUCACCACCUGCCUGCGCUUCCCGGGCCAGCUGAACGCAGACCUGCGCAAGCUGGCGGUGAACAUGGUGCCCUUCCCUCGCCUGCACUUCUUCAUGCCCGGCUUCGCGCCCCUGACCAGCCGGGGCAGCCAGCAGUACCGGGCGCUCACGGUGCCCGAGCUCACCCAGCAGGUGACAUGCCCUUGCCUAGCAUCCAUACACUGAGAGGAGUGGGGCGGG